AUGAAAGUUGAGCGCGGCGAAGCACCACCUCGAGUCGCCAUUCCCCUCGGAUUGAGGAGGGAAAUAUACCACCAACUCCUCCUCGGGACGGGGCCGCGACAGGGUCGGGGCAGGGCCGGGGUCGGGGUCGAGGCAGGGCCGAAAGGGGCAGCGACGAGGCCGCAAGGGGCGGCGACGGGGCCGCUGGAGGCGGCGACGGGGCCGAUAGGGGCGGCGACGGGGCCGCUGGAGGCGGCGACGGGGCCGCUUGAGGCGGCGACGGGGCGGAUAGGGGCGGCGACGGGGCCGGGAAGGGGCCGCGAGGGGCCUGAAAGGUCGGCGACGGGGCUGGUAGGGGCGGCGACGGGGCCGCUGGAGGCGGCGACGGGGCCGCGAAGGGGCCGCGAGGGGCCUGAAAGGUCGGCGACGGGGCCGGUAGGGGUGGCGACGGGGCCGUAA